UAUGGCAAUAGGCACAAGUUGCCUCCGUGACCAAACAGCUCUGGAGUUUUUCGCUCCUAUCCCGGAUUAGGGUUAACUCUUCCGACAAACAAGAUUUCUUAGGCGCCAACUGACUCAUUCAUUGCAAUUCCUUCUCAGUAGAGCAACAACUAACAGAAGAAGCAAUGGGUACCCAAACUAUUCCAAGCCAUGAACGCUCCAGAACAUAUUGGACACCAGUAAUGGAACGUUACUUCAUUGAUCUUAUGUUGGAGCAGCUUCACAGAGGAAACAGGAGUGGCCACACUUUCAACAAGCAGGCAUGGACGGACAUGCUUACAAUGUUUAAUACGAAAUUUGGAUCUCAGUACGAUAAAGACGUUUUGAAGAGUCGCUAUACAAAUUUGUGGAAGCAAUUCAAUGAUGUUAAGCAUCUAUUAGGUCAUGAUGGUUUUUCGUGGGACGAAGGUCGACAAAUGGUAAUCGCUGAUGAUCAUGUAUGGGACAUUUACAUCCAGGCGCAUCCAGAUGCACGAUCCUAUAAAACUAAAGCGGUACUGAAUUUUAGCGAUUUAUGUCUGAUAUAUGGUUACACUAAUGCUGAUGGAAGAUACAGUCGAUCGAGUCACGAUAUAGACUUUGAUGACGAAGUCCAAGCUGUAAAUACAGGUGAUGCCAUUGGUUGUGUUGCCCCUCCUGAUCGUCCAAGGACGGAUUGGACGCCCGAAAUGGAUCAGUAUUUCAUUGAGCUUAUGCUAGAUCAAGUAGGAAGAGGCAAUAAGGUGUCUAAUACAUUCAAUAAGCAAGCGUGGACGGAUAUGCUUGCAUUGUUUAAUGCUAAAUUUGGUCCUCAACAUGGUAAAAGGGUGUUACGACAUCGAUUUAAGAAAUUAUGGAAAUAUUACUGUGAUAUUAUGAAUCUACUUCAACAAAAUGGAUUUUGCUGGGAUGAAGUACAACAAAUGGUUGUGGCUGAUGAUGAUAUUUGGGAUGCUUAUGUCAAGACGCACCCGUUUGCACGAAGUUAUAGAACGAAAGAGUUGCCGAACUACUAUGACUUGGUUCUCAUAUAUGGGAACGUAAUUGACAGUGAGAACCAGAAUCAUUUGCAUCUAGAUAAGAACCUUCCCGACGAUAUAUCAGAGGUAAAGGGUGUUCAAACUCGAAGUGAAUUUUGUCAUAAAAGUAUUAUGCACCUGCAGGAGAAUCAAAUGCCAACUGUCAGCGACCGCACCCGAACAUAUUGGACGCCCCCAAUGGAUCGUUACCUCAUAGACUUGCUGCUUGAACAGGUGAAUAGGGGCAAUAAAAUAGGCCAAACGUUUGUAAGUCAUUCUUGGAUCGACAUGGUUACCGCUUUCAAUGCCCAAUUCAGAGCUCACCAUGACAAGGAUGUGUUGAAAAAUCGAUACAAACAUUUGAGACGGCUGUAUAAUGAAAUAAAGAUUCUUCUCGAACAGAGAGGAUUUUCAUGGGAUGAAAACCGUGAAAUUGUUACUGCUGACGACCAUGUUUGGGAUGCUUAUACUAAGGAUCACCCUGUUGCCCGAUCAUAUAGAGUUAAAACUGUACCAAGCUAUCACAAGUUGUGUUUUAUAUUUGGUGAAGAGAGUUCUGACAGAAGAUAUAGCCGUUUGGCCCAUGAUACCGAUCCGAGUAAUGAAGUGCCUGUUCUUAUGACUGAUGAAAGGAACAAUGAUCAAGUUCCUGCUGGACCUUCACCCAUGAUAGAUUGGACACCUCAGAUGGAUCGCGCUUUUAUCGAUCUUAUGCUUGAACAUUCGCAAGAAGGAAGUAUGUUCGGUCAAGCGUUUAGCGAGCAAGCAUGGAGUCACGUGAUUAUAUCAUUCAAUGAGAGGUUCAAACUUCAAUGUGGCCGAUCUGUUCUAGAAGAUCGUUAUGUCUGGUGGAUGAAGCAAUACGGCGAAAUCUACGAUCUUCUCAAUCACGGUGGGUUCAUGUGGAAUGAAUCUCAACAAUUGAUUACUGCUGAGGAUGAUCUCUGGGAAGCCUAUGGAAAGGAAUGCCCCAAUGCCCUCUUGUACAAAGACAAAUUCCUAGGCUACUAUACUGACUUGUGCAAGAUUUUCGGAAACGUAAUAGAUAAAGAAGUCAACAGUCGGUAUACAGGUGAAAUCGAUAAUGAAAAUAUGGAGAUAAAGAUGGAUGGAAAUGAACAACACCUACUCCUAACAACAAGAGAGUUCCAAAUUUCUCAGCAUAGAAAGCGUUCUUCCGAGAUGAUAUCAAUGGACACAGAGCUCUCGAAGAAAGUGCAUAGAACCGAGAACGACGUGCAGAAAGCUCUGUCCGAAAUGGCAGGUGUAGUCACUAGAUUGGUGAGCAUGAGACAGCACCAUAACUAUAAAGCAGGCGAAGGUGCCAUCGAUGCACUUCAGGCUAUACCCGACAUCGAUGAUGAACUUAUGUUGGAUGCCUGUGAUUUCUUAGAAGAUGAAAGGAAGGCAAAAACGUUUAUGGCUUUGGAUGCAACCCUGCGAAAGAAAUGGUUGCUAAGAAAGCUUCGUUCUCAAUAGAAAGCAUUGACAGGGAUCAACUCAUCACCCUUGCAGCAACUAGUAAGUAUUUUGUCAACUUUCUAGUAAGUUAUAUAUAUAUAAAAGAUAAAGUUAUGGUAUUUUGUGGUCAAGAUUAAAAAAAAUAUAGGAAAAAAAAAAUCAAUUUUGACCCCUAAACUUGUUGAUUUGUUUCAAUUUUUACCAUAGACAGUUUAAUUUUAUCAAAUUGUGCCUUAGACAAGUGUUUACA